AAGUAUUGUAAAAUUAUCUAACAUGUCACACUAAUCUUUAUAUUGAUAUCCGAUAUUCCGGCAGAAGGCAGACAUCGGCGGCCAGGGCAACAAUGAGCUUCGCCGCCGUGGCACAAACAAUGAGCUUCGCCGCCGUGGCACAACCGUUUCUUAAAAGAACAGUUCAAACGAUACCCACUUAUAGUUUCACUCUCCUUAAUCAAAAGUUUCAUCCUUUCUCUUUAUCUUCUUCAGGUGUUGGUAUAUGUCAUUUGGUACAAGCAGUAAAGGGUGACACUGAGGUUCUACAAAAAGGAUUUGGGAAUGAAGAAGUGAAGCGUAUUAUUGAAAUGGCAAAACGGGCAUCAUUAAGGCGUGAAGUUCUCCAUACUGAUUUUCUUACACCACCGGUGUUAAAGGAAUCAAUGAUGAUUUUAGAAAAGUUAGCAGAUGUUAAAACAUUUGUUCAAGGAGGCUACCCUGAGGCUGAACGUUGUCGGCUGUCAGUUGGACAUCCCGAAGCAUUGACAACUGAUCCUGAUGUUGUGGCAGCAUUAAGUAUCUCAGGGAACUUUGGUUUUCAACCAUGUUCCCAUGGUGACUUUCUGGGCUCUAUUCUUGGCACCGGGAUUGUAAGAGAUAAAGUUGGGGAUAUCCUUUUGCAGGGCGAAAAGGGAGCUCAUGUUCUUGUUGUUCCAGAACUAGUUGACUUCCUCACCAUGUCACUCGAGAAGGUUGGGAAUGUAUCGGUCACAUGUAAGAAGAUGCCAUUGAUUGCCCUUGAAUAUGAACCUCCAAGGACCAAAACAUUCAAAACUGUAGAGGCCUCUAUGAGGAUUGAUUCCAUAGCAAGUGCAGGAUUCAAGAUCUCACGAUCAAAACUAGUUGGCUUGAUCAGUGAUGGGGACGUGCGUGUUAAUUGGGUGACCGUGACUAAGAAUAAUACAACUAUUCGUAGUGGAGAUAUUAUCUCUGUAAGUGGGAAAGGAAGAUUAAAGAUAGGAGAAGUGAACGAAACCAAGAAGGGAAAGUUUGCGGUUGAGCUCAUACGAUUCCUUUGACUUAGCAAGGGUGGGAAAGGACAAUUAAACUUAGUUAGCAAUACCAUCAGCAUUAUGUCCAUAUGGAAAGAUUAGAGGGCUUUCUAAUAAUAUUCCUUACAAAAUGUAUAUUUUUUUGUCCUUUCAGGAUGACAAGUACAUUUCUGACUUAGUGGAUUAAGAUAAAGUUUUCAUCA